AUGCGACUGUGUGCGAAUGAUGGAAUUGUUUGGUGUGCCAUAUGCGUUUCACCGAACACUCAUUUUGCGCUACGUGGUAUUUCAAGGGUUAUUAUUGUUAAUAAAGUUGUCGAUCCGACCAUCCGAAAACCUCGUGGAGGCGGGAAGUAUGGAUUCUUCUCAGAUGAGGCCUU